UAUUCAUCGUACAAAAGUUUGUAUAACAAACCAUUUGAAUUAUAUAUUCUACUCGAUGGAUUCCUCCUCAGGGCUCUCUCUUCUGCACCGAGCCAUCAUCGCCCCCUCGCACGCCCAGCCUUGCUGCACCAGCCCUGCACCUACGCCCGAGCCUUGCACCUACGCCCCUGCUCCCUGCUCUGCGCCCAGAUCGUCUGCACUCUGCUGCGCCUGGCCUUGCUUCCUGCACCAGCUUUGCUCUGCACCAGCUCCUGCGCUCUGCACUAGAUCGCCUGCACUCUGCUUGCCCUGCUGGGCCCCACUGCCGGCAAUGAUGCCCCUGCACGCUAGCCAUCAUCGCCCCCUCGCACGCCUGCAACCUGCCCUACACCUAGCCAUCAUCACCCCCUCGCACGCUGCACGUACUCCCCUGCACCGAGCCUGCACCCCUGCUGCUGCACCUUGCUGCGCCUCAUGCACUUCAGUGCCCAAUCCCGCGCCCUGCAACCUGCACGCCACAGCCAUGCAGAAAAGACAGUGAAUAACAGACAAUUAGCAUCCUCAGAGAAUUUUUUUUUUUUUUAUGUUAUUGUACCGUUAUUCGGGUCUAUAUAGAGCAAGAGGCAGAGGUCUUGAGGGAGGGGGGUCGGUUUUUGAAUUUGGGAAGCCUUUGGUUGAUUGUUGGAGUUUGAUUUGGGAGCCAUUGUUCUGGGUUUCGGGAGAAAAGAGGGAGGAGAAAACCGAGCUGACUCCGGCGAGAUUCCGGCAAUUUUCAGUCUCCUUCUGCUAGGUAAACCAUGAAAACAGAGGAUCUUUGUUAGGAAAAUGGUGAAGGAGACGGUGGAAGCUUGAUCCCGUGGGUGGGAUUUCUUCCACCAAAUCCACAUCUGUUUUCCUUUCAAAAAUCCACUGUGCUUGUUUUUAUCUUUUUGUGGUUUUUAUCUUUCUGUGGUGUUUGUUUCUUUAGAUCUGAUGUUAAAAUUGUGUAUGUUUCGUUGGAAAAAUGAAUGAAAAAUCAAAAAAAAGUUGUGCA